GAUUUGAGUUGGUCGAAAUGAGCAAUCGUAAAACAAAGAGCAACAGUAUAAUACAUGCAGAGUGUCUAUCAGAGCACUUUAUAGGCUGCUUUACAUUCUCAGGGGAGAUAUCUUUAUAAGUUCCUGAAAACAAUGGGUAAAAAUAAGUUUCUCCAAAUUGGACACUUGUAUAUGAAAUGAUACACCAUGUUGUUAUUGUUGAAGUUCUUGAAGGCAUCUGUCCCAUGAAGUUUGAUGUCUAAAGGUACAAAGAAUUUUACGUGAAAGAUUUUGUCAUCAGAGUCCACAUAGUAACCUAUUUGGAGUGAAUCUACAAUACAAGUAUUUAAUUGACCUCCUCAAAAGAACUGUUAUCAAUGGAGAAAGUAACUCUGUACUCAUUGUUGGGCCACGAGGAUCAGGAAAGACCAUGUUAAUAAAUCAUGCUUUGAAAGAACUCAUGAAAAUAAGAGAAGUGAGUGAAAAUGUGUUACAAGUUCACCUAAAUGGACUGCUGCAGAUAAAUGACAAAAUUGCUUUGAAAGAGAUCACAAGGCAAUUAAAUCUAGAAAAUGUAGUUGGAGAUAAAGUUUUUGGAAGCUUUGCUGAAAACCUUUCAUUUCUUCUGGAAGCUUUAAAAAAAGGUGACCGGGCUAGCAGUUGCCCAGUGAUCUUCAUACUGGAUGAAUUUGAUCUUUUUGCUCAUCAAAAAAACCAGACACUCCUUUAUAAUCUUUUUGACAUUUCUCAAUCUGCACAGACGCCAGUAGCGGUUAUUGGUCUUACAUGUAGAUUGGAUAUUUUGGAACUCUUAGAAAAAAGAGUGAAGUCACGGUUUUCUCACCGGCAGAUACAUUUAAUGAAUUCAUUUGGUUUUCCACAAUAUAUGAAAAUAUUUAAAGAACAAUUAUCUCUACCUGAAGAAUUCCCAGAUAAAGCUUUUGCUGAGAGGUGGAAUGAGAAUACUCAAUGUCUCUCAGAAGACUCAACUGUGUGUGAAGUUCUACAGAAACAUUUCAAUGUCAACAAAAACUUACGGUCAUUACAUAUGCUAUUGAUGCUUGCUUUAAAUCGAGUAACAGUAUCACAUCCAUUUAUGACUUCAGCAGAUCUGAUGGAGGCACAGCAUUUGUGUAGCUUGGAUUCUAAAGCAAGUAUUGUACAUGGUCUAUCAGUCUUGGAAAUCUGUCUUAUAAUAGCAAUGAAACAUUUAAAUGACAUCUAUGAAGAAGAGCCCUUUAAUUUUCAAAUGGUCUAUAAUGAGUUUCAGAAAUUUAUUCAAAGAAAGGCUCAUUCUGUUUAUAACUUUGAGAAACCUGUGGUCAUGAAGGCAUUUGAGCAUUUACAACAGUUGGAAUUAAUAAAACCCAUGGAAAGAACUUCAGUGAAUUCACAGAGAGAAUACCAGCUAGUGAAACUACUUUUGGAUAAUACUCAAAUUAUGAAUGCUCUACAGAAGUACUCCAACUGCCCUACAGAUGUCAGACAGUGGGCAACAUCCUCACUCAGCUGGCUUUGAACAUUUUAAGUACAUUUCUGUAAAGAACUAAAAGCUACUGCCCUUUAACAAGAUAUGUUAUUACAUUCCUUGUUUAUAAAUAUUAUUUAUGAGAAACUUGCACUUAUUAUCUUGGCUACGUGUUGAAUCAUGACUGCAUAUACACACAAUUCCCUUGAUUUAAAUUGCACUACAUGAGUAGCAAUUCAAACAAAUAAAAUGUGACUAUUUUAGGGAUAGUCCAUAUGAUGAUUUGAUACUCUUGUAGAAUGUAUGUGGUCCAUUGGAAAAGGUUAUUUCAACUAAGCACUCAGUUUACCAGAUGUAAUCCUAAGCAGUCAGGAGACAACAAGGACCAGAAAUUACAUGAGGAUUAUUUCAGCUACAGGAGGAGCCUGUAGAGAUUGGAGUUGGGUUUGGUUUUGCUGUGUACAUUGGAAUUUUGAGUCCUAUCCAGAUUACAAGUGUUCUAGUUCAGUAGACUGGCCCACUUGUGCUGAGUGAGGAGAGUUUGGAAGGGGUCCAAACAACUCAGCAUUUUCUUCUCUGAAUGCCUUAUCAGAAUCUCUUGUAGGGAUUUUUUAAGCAUACAUUCUGGAUCUACUUUAGUUCAGAAGGGAUCAGAAUUUGCCAUCUAACAUGUACCUUAAAGGAUUCCUGGAAACUGCUUCUACAAAUAAUGAGAAGUGUUUGCAGUGUUAGCUAUUGGCUUCAAAAAGGAAUUCCCUAAGAACAUAGAAUGUCAGUCAAAGGUCCACAUCAUAAAUUCAUAGACCUAAAAGUAAAAGAGCUUGAGGUUUAAGAUGGAACUUAAUCAUUCCCUGGCUUCAUUUGUUCAAGAAUAUUUGAUUGCAUAUUUGGUCAUACUAAGGUUUUAUAAAAUAUAUAACCCAUCUGUGUGCAAUUUACAAAGUAUUUAACUGCAGAACUAAUUGUAUUACAGAUUAGAAAACUACACUAGUGGUAGUGUCCAGGAUUACAGUAUGGAAAAAUGUCUGGUGUGACCUAGAAUGAAGCUUGGUUUGACUAACACUAAAGCUCAUGUUAUUAAAAACUAAAACUCAACAACACAUUCUUUACUGAUUUUAGAGGAUAUUUUAGUAAUUUGGCUCUUAAGAAAUCUCAAAUGCAAGAUUUCUAUGCAUUCAAAUACCACGUCAUAAAAACCCAUAGCCUUUCCUUUCCUACAAUAAAAUGUUUAGCAUUCUGUCUUAAGACAUUUUUUUCCAGCCAUAUCUCAUUAAAUCUAAGGCUUGCAUAGCAGUUUAAUGACAUAGUCCACACACACAUUUUCUGAGGUGAUUAAUUUUUCCAAAAUAUUUAACAUGUUAGUAUUGCUACUGAAUAAAAGCAAAAUUUUCCUAUUAAAAAAAUUGUAGCAGCAGGACAAAGUGUCUAUAGUCCUACCAUGUAGGAGACUUGUUAAAAGAGAAUCAAGCAUUUGUGGCCAGCCUGGGCUAUAUAUCAAGAGCUUUUCUCAAGAAAGAAAAGUAAUAAAAUAACAUGAGAAUUUCAAACUUAUUUAGAUACUGCUUAAAAGCUGAGUCCUCUGCUUUCCUGUCUGGGUAACACCUAGAGAAGAUCUAGUUGAACAGUGUAUUCAACUUUAAAAUCAGGCAAGGUAAAUUUUUAUUUUUAAUCAUUGUGAAAAAAAAUGAAGCAGUAAUAACUAUGAAGGUCAUAUAAGUAUAGGCAUAUAUUGCAAGAAGCUUUUUAGCUAGAUUCACUUCAUACAUUGUUUAAGCUACAUUAUUAAAUCUAAUUUUAAAAAAGUGAGUUUCUAAAAACUUGAAGAAUAAUGUAUGGCAUGGAAGUGUACAACUGUAACAUAAUCCACAACUUCAGAGGUGGAAGCAAGAUCAGUAGCUACUUUCAGGAGCUAGUUCCAAACUAGCCUGAGUUGUCUAAAACAAAAUGAAUGUGAACAGAAAGUACGACUUGAAAAUUCUAUGCAAUGAAGAAAAAUACUGAAAAUCAAGAACUCAAGACUCCUUUGGGUCAACAGAUGGAAAAACAACUUAGGCUUCUUCCAUGUGCCCUACUGAAACUUGGAUCUUGUUUAAAAGGCAUCUCUGAUUUAUAUGCAGACACAUGUCUCUGAGAAAUUAAAAUCUGUUUUUCAAACUUC